UUACAUAUUCAGCUGAGAAGGGAAUUAUUUUCAAGUUUUGCCCAGCAUAUAGUCCCCACUUCAAUGGCUUAGCCGAGGGAUCAGUAAAAUCAAUAAAAUAUCACUUAAAGAGAGUAUUGUCACUAACUCAUCUUGAUUAUGAAGAACUCAACUCAGUAUUGGUAGAAAUUGAAGCAAUAUUAAAUUCAAGGCCUCUCACUCCUCUCUCUAAUGAUCCUUCAGAUCUAAUCCCUUUAACUCCUGCGCAUUUUUUGAUUGGACGAACAGUAACGAUGUUGCCUGCUCCCCAGGUACAAGAUGCUCACAUCAACACUCUCUCAAGAUAUGCAAGAACACAAUCGCUGAAGCACCACUUUUGGAACCGCUAUUAUAUGGAGUAUAUUUCAGAAUUACAGAAGCGAAGUAAAUGGCGCAGAGAUGGCGGUCAACCACAAAUAGGAGAGAUGGUUCUGAUCAAAGAUGACCGCCUGCCUCCCAACCGAUGGCUGCUGGGUCGAGUCACUGCUGUCUUCCCCGGCGCCGAUGGUGUCAACCGUGUGGCCGACGUCUACACUUCAUCGGGAACAAUGAGGAGAGCCUACAACAGGCUCUGCCCUUUACCAACAUUGGAACCAGACGUUCCAAGGGCGGCAGUAUGUUAAGGCGUAUGUGUCAGCGCGCACGCACACAGACGCAUCGCCGCGACCGGUUCGAGGAGCCCAAGCUGCAGAGCGGCGCGGCGCUGCCCGCCCCCCAUUCGGGUCUCAGAGCGCGACGCGGGCGCGUCGAUUUUGUGUCUAUUAUACCUAUCAAAUACCUACUUUCAUUGUAAACCCGCAUUACAUCCAAUAUUCAAGA